AUGGGGUCCACAAACCGCCAAACUAGUCUCCCUAUGCGUCCCUCAGCGCCCAUCCCUGACAAUGAAGAUUCCGACCCAACGUCCUCCUCCGGCUCCUCAUCCUCAGAAAGCGACAGCGAAGACUCGGAAGAUGAGAAUGACAUGCACCACGAACCUCGGGCUGCUAUGGAUACAUCAAAUACAUCAUCAAUACCUAAUGUGUCGGGUCGCCCGAAGCCAAAAAUACAUAAGAUGCAGGGAAAUUCCGAGCUGUUGGCGCGGUUGUCUUCGUUUUUGCCGAAGAUGAAAAGUGCGAAUGAGGAUUUGGAGAAGGAGAUUGCGGCUGGAAGGGGAAAGGAUAUUAUUCUGGAUGAGGUGGAUGAUGAUAAGGAUUAUAUUGAGAUGAAUCUUGGAUUGGGAGUGUUAGAGGAAAAACGUGACGGAGAUUCUAGUGGCGAUGAGGCCGAUGAUGAAGAUAUGGGUGGAAUGGAGUCGGGGACGAAGAAGAGUGGCGUUGAUGAUAUUUUGGAGAAGUUGAUGGGUGGGAAGGAUUUAGACGCUGACAAGCCGUCGAUUGAGGAACUUGGUCAAUAG